AGAGCACAUACAUACCUAUACCUAUAUAUUAUUAUUAUUGUUGUGGUUGCCGUCCGACAUCGGCGAGCUCGGGGAACCGAUGAUGUGUGUGCUGCAGUUGUAGUCGUUUUGCUCGCGGUUUGAAUAUCUUUCGACCAGCACCUCGUGAAAACUGUGAUCCCGCACUGCUAUAGCCUGGUCCCCAGGUACAUCAAUAUUAUACUUUUCGGCAUGGGAGGCCACCGUUCGUGACACUCGGGAAACUCCGGUGAUGCCUGGUACAUGCAGAUCACCGUCGCCUGCACCAUUAGGCGGCGAUGGUGAUAUUAUGUCGCCGGAGAGGUAUCUUAGGUCUGAUCGCGUGGUUGGAGAUCAUUUACAGACAUCUUCCAUUCAGUGGUGUGGUCGUGCGGUGGUCGGUCAUGCACGUGCCAAUACAAUAGGCGUGUGCCACGUGAGUUUGAAGCGGAAACAACAACUACCGAAAAACGCACGUUGCUCAAGUGACAUGAUUGUCAGCCGAAGAUUGAAAUUUCGGAAUAACUGGAAGAAUUCAUCAUUGAAUAGUUUUUUAUUCCUAAUUACCAUAUUGCAGGUGCACCAGGUUCUCGCAGAGAUUGAUUUGUUGAGAACCGGAACCACUACCACGAACGGAAUCACGACCACCAACUGAACUACGUGCAAGGAGCGUUGGACGUGCUUGUCGUGUACGGAAGCGACGAUGUCGGGAUGCAGCUGGUUCGUUGCCGAACAGAUCUGCAAGGACAAUUCAGCGGGGACAGUGCGAAGCCCGAUGGUGGUCACCAACGGGUCGUCCUGUCCAAAGUUUUCGGUUAACAAUAAAGUCAGCGCAGUCCAGACAAUCACGGUUACGGUUAUGAUUGAUGACGCGGUCAUGGGAGGUGGUUUCGUCCGUUUGUUAGCCAACAGCAGCGUCCAGUGUCAGCUGGACAACAAUAACUACACGGCCGAGAUGGACGGCGACCGAAUCUCUUGUUCCACGAAAUCGACGAGUAUACCGCGGUACAACACCACGUGCCAGCAGUCGGUACCGCACUUCGAUCAUUUAUUGAUCGUGUUCGAUGGCAAGUUGUUGCGAUUCGACAACGUAAGCGACUACUACGUGACCACGUACCCGUUGGAUGGCAAUUGCCCAAAAAUGGAAUGCCCGCAUUGUCACUGGAACAACGGCACUCACAGAUUUUUCUGUAGUUGGUGUUUGGUGAACAACGCCACUCCCGCGGACGACAUAACACCGUACCAGUACUGUGACGUACGGAAUAUUUCGAGUCUCGUGCACUUGAGUACCACUGUCAUUCGAGACGAUAAAAAAUGUCCCGGCAAAGAUCCAAUCGUAAAUAGUUAUUCUGUAACGCCGAAAACGAUAAUUCAAUCAUACCAGUCUCUCGGCUGCAGUCAAGUGGAUAACAACCGUUUUCCAGUCGUUCCAACUGUGGACGACGGCCAAGUGUUCGGCGGUAUCGAGUCCGGUGGCAACACUUUUCGGGUGCAUGGUAAACAUUUUUGCGGCUUGCGGGACAUUGAAUGUUGCGUCAGAAACAAAAUAUCGUGCAGCAACUGUAAUGUCCAGAACGACACACUCGUGAUUUGCCGGUCUCCUAAGCUCAACAUCCGUCCGGAAAAUGCAUCUGAAGUUGAACCAUUGCGGUUUUACGCUAAAAACUCUACAGGAAUACAAAUGAGGGUCAAUGCAACGGAGGUGAUCCGUUAUCGUCGUUAUCAGGAUCCGGUUUUCACGGACUUCGUGGUCAACGGUUGCUGUAAUGUUACCAUAAAUGGUCUGUACCCGGUCCAAAUUUUGGCCGCCGAGGACUUGUCCAUUGUACUGCAGGUACCCGGCAACUCGUCCCCUCGUUGCCUGGACACUUGGAUGGACAGCACGCAGAUCAUUUGUAGGGUGUCGCAGUCAUCGUUACCCCAGCUGGGCCCACUGCCGAAACAGAUCAAAGUCACGUUUGGCGAAAAUCUGAAAUUCGUAGAGCGCACGAAACAAAAAUACAGUCAUUUCAAAAGUUCAUUGGCCACGACCUUGUUGCCGGGUGUCGUCACUAUAGGCGCGUACGUUUCAUUCAUCGCGGUCCUAUGUGUGGCCCUCAUAUUUUUUAAGUCUUCGAAGGACUAUGACCUACUGCAUUUAUAUGGUCGCCAGCAGCUCGCAGAAAUGCGACCACUGGACGAACGAAAUCUCAACGAUUGCGACGACAACGGAGAACCUGAAAAUAAGUUGUUGGUGCGUGACGAACGUCAUUAGUUUCGUAUUUGGAUACAUACGGCCUUUAAUUUAUUAACUAUAAUAUUGUACAUGAUGAUUGAUAUUAUUAUGUUCCAUACCUAAGAAUUUUUAAACAUCA